CACGGAGAGUCUGGCCACGGCCACGAGAGAUGUGUCAUCAGUCGUGUGGCUGGCCAAGGCUUUGGCCCUCCGGUGCGUCCCGAAGGGUGCUUUGGAAGACGCCAUCUCUUUGCUCAUUGACGUAGCAGGCUGUACAAUGUUAGAGGGAAAGCAAGUUCCAGAGAAGAACAAGAUUGCGGAAGAAGCAACUCCGGCUCGCCUGGUGUUGGCUCGCCGAGCAAGCGAAGGCUUCGGGCUUAUCCUGCGUGAUUCCUCCUUGACAGAGGGAACAGCCCGGGAAAGCCUGCCUUCCUUCUCGUCCUUGACGACCUUUUCUUGUCCUAUCCCGCUGGCGAAUCAACUCCUGACGGCACGUCUCAACACUGCUCGCGUCAAUCCUUUAUGGCGACAGCGUCUCUACAACGUUUCCUUUACGCGAUUGCGGGAGGCGGUGGAGCGACAUCGCGCAAAUCCUCAGGCACAAAGUGCCGCCCUGCUGGCACUCUGUAACAUGCUUGGGUCGCUUCCCCCGCCGAUCAUACAGCAAGACAUGGAGCCUAUCAUGCGAGUGGUCUUGCAGGGCAUGUCUUGUGUCGCCACGCGUGGCAAGGGAGAGGGCGCCGACGACGACAAGGACACAGAAGAGGAAGCCGCGGCGGUCCUCCGAGCGCGUGCCACGGAGACGUUCGUCGCUUUGGCGAAGGAAUCUUUGGAUGCGGUCAUGCCCCACCUGAGCACCGUGAUCCCUCUCCUCUGCAAGCUCUGUACACUUGCCGACCCUCAUUUCUUGCCCACAGCCCGGUUGCGCGUUCUGGCUCUGGGUAGUCUCUUGGAAAUAACUCGCCUGCCGUACGCAAAGCUACAUCCUUAUCGGACGUCGGUUUCACGGGGACUGCUGGCCCCUCUGGACGAUCGGAAACGAGUGGUGAGGCAGAUGGCUGUCAAGGUGCGCAAUGAGUGGCUGGUCAUGGACAGGUAAGAGGAAGGGGAUAUGUAAAUCGAGACCACGAAGAUGGU